AUGAGAUUAGAGAAGUGCUGGUUCUGCUCGUCGACCGUGUAUCCCGGUCACGGCAUCUGCUACGUGCGCAAUGACGCCAAGGUGUUCCGGUUCUGCCGGUCCAAGUGCCACCGGAACUUCAAGCUGAAGCGCAACCCGCGCAAAGUGCGAUGGACCAAGGCGUACCGCCGCCUGCACGGCAAAGACCUCGCCGCCGACACAACCUUUGAGAUGGAGAGGAGGCGCAACCGGCCCGAACGGUACGACCGCAACGUGGUGGCGACGACGGUGGCGGCAAUGAAGCGAAUCGACGAGCUGCGCGUGAAGCGGCAGGCCAAGUUCUGGGAGAAGCGGGGGAAAGGGCGGUGGGUGGCGACGACGGUGGCGGCCAUGAAGCGCAUUGAUGAGCUGAGGGUGAAACGACAGGCCAAGUUCUGGAAGAAGCGAAUGAAGGUGAAGACCAAGGAGGAGCGGCGGCAGGCACGGCAAGAGCUGGAAACGGGAAUCCACCUGGUGAAGACCCGCAGCACUCGCUGCCAAUCCCUCCCUCACUCUGUCUCAUCCUCCCUCUCUCCUCGCAUUCUUUCCCCGCCCUUCCCUUGCCCCAAACAGAAUGAAGAAUGA